CUUGUAUGCGAAUUUCGUUCAGGCAAACAAAUAGUACUAAUAAGUAUACGGAGAGCGCGACUUUUUUUGAAUAAAUGUGUAUAUUAAUAUUGGAUUGUUUUUUGGACAAAAAUGUAAAACAGUGGUUUUAUUGUGUGUAGGAUUAAAAGGAUUUUUGUUUUUUGAAAAUUUUGGUUUAAAUAAAAAUUUGGUAAAUCUGGAACCUAAAAGGAUGCCGCUCCUCCGUUUAAACUCGGCGGGAUUGACUCCUGCAAGUUUAAUUGGUACACCGGAAAAAAGAGAAGAUAUGCCAGAACCGUCGAGAACCUCGUCCGAAGAAGAAGAAGAAGACAUAAUUUCAAAUGCAAUCGGAGAAUUUGGCAGAUGGCAACUUUUACUUACCUUCAUACUGUCCUUAGUCAAUAUCCCUUGCACGUGGCAUAUUUUUGCACCUACAUUUCAUGCAAGAGAAAGAGAAUACUUCUGUGUGGAACCACUAGGCAAUUGUCAGCAAUCCAGCGACGCAUGCUGGAUGAACCAAUUAUUUAAUGGUACUUGCAGUACCGACAAUAAUUCACUCGUCAAGUGCCAAAAUUGGGAAUUCCAAGGCGAAGGUAUAACAAUCACCUCAGAAUUCAAUUUAGUCUGUGAUAGAAAAACUCUAAUUAAUUUGGCCGAAAUGGUGUUUUUGGCCGGAGUGGCCGUCGGAGGUUUGGUCAGUGGAAUUAUUUCGGACAAGUAUGGACGUAAAAAGACUUUGCUUGCGUCGAUUUUUGUUCAAUGUACACUUGGUACAAUCAUCGCAUUUGUUCCAUGGUUCGAGCUGUACGUGGUCCUCAGAUGUCUUUUGGGUUUCUUUUCGGUGUCGGUUGUAUUCAGCGGUUUCGUUUUGGCUAUAGAAUUGGUCGGAGGACAUUGGAGAACCAUCACCGGAAUAUCGUACUUGUUUCCGGUAGCUUUGGGGUACUGCACCAUAUCCGGAAUGGCGUUUUUGUUACAAAACUGGAGACACUUGCAAUUGGCCGUCUCUUUGCCCAGCGCUCUGUUUUUAGCCACAUGGUGGAUUCUUCCAGAAUCUCCUAGAUGGCUCCUAGCUUUGGGCCGUACAAGAGAAGUCUACCAAAUCUUGGACGCAGCGGCCAAAUUCAACAAAAAAGACCUACCAACAAACCUGGACAAAACCCUAGUACCAGUUGGCAAAAUCGAAGCUGUCGAAAACCACAACGUCGGAGUGACCGACCUGUUUAAAACCGCCUAUAUGAGGAAAAAGACUCUGAUAUUGUUCCUCAUUUGGUUUGGAGUUUACCUGGUUUAUUACGGUUUGGUGUUGAAUUUGGGCAACAUGGGGGGCGACCUUUACGUGAAUUCGGUGUUGAUCGGUUUGGUUGAAGUACCGGCGGUAGCUUUAAGCAUUUUGAUUUUGAUCAAAGGCGGACGACGAUGGCCUUUGGCUUUGACGAUGAUUUUUUCUGGAAUUUUCGCCGGCCUAGCUAUUCCGGUUUCUUGGAUUUCUAACGAUCUACAAUGGUUGAUUACCACGUUUAUGAUGACUAGUAAAAUGUGUAUUAGUUCGAGUAAUGCCAUCAUGCCUGUGUACACUGCCGAACUUUAUCCGACUAUUAUUAGGAAUAUUGGAGUCGGAGCUGCCAAUGUGCCUGCUGGAAUUGCUUUGAUGUUGGUACCUUAUUUAUGGGAAUUGUCGGACUUUCAAAAAUCCUUACCCCUAUUAGUAAUAACAAUCAUUGGAAUUGUUGGAGGUGCUUCAGUACUAUUUUUGCCGGAAACUUCUGGAACCCAACCACUUCCAGAUACCUUGGAUGGUAAUCCAUCAGCUGCAAGACUAUCAAUAAACGCCACAACGAGCAACGGAGAUGUUAACAGGAUGAAUAACAAUCAUCGAUGAGGUUUUUAGGAUUUAUAUGAAAUUUUUUGGUUCCUUAAUAGGGUUUAGAAACGAGAGACUUAUUUUUCUGAGUUUGUGUGUGUGUGUUGUACAUAAUAUACUUAAAGCCGUUAAAUGUGCAAUAUUAAUGUUAGUACUUAAAGAUGUGCCAAGAAUAUAAUAAUUCAUUUUGUCAACGAUAAUGUGUAAUUAUUAUAUUCGAUCUCUCUAAAAUUGUUGUUAGUGCAUUUUAAUUAUUAUUAUAUAAAGUAUUUUAGUUUUUUUUAAUUUAGUUCAACUUGCUAUUUAGUUUUAAUUCAUCAAUCAUCUGUAUUUUAAAAACCAUAUACCUAGUUAAGUAAAGAAUCACAAAAAUUUGAACAAAUAUGACGUAUCAAAAAUGGACUUUCUUUAUAGAAUACAUUAGUUUUAUUUCAAAUACAAAUAAUAAUUGUUCAUCCAUACUGAACACAAAAAUCCCUAAUGGUGCUCUUUAGGAAAUCCAUACUUGUAAUUAUUUAUUUUUUAUACAAAUUUUAUUAGUCCUCUGUAAUUCAAUAAAAGCAAUAUAAUUUCUUAUGUG